GAACAAAAUUUAACUCCACCACCGCCCCCCCAAACGCCUCAGACUUUAUCCGAAUUUUAGGGUUUCCCCCCUAAUAAUUCCGAAUCCCAGUUCUCUGAAAGAAACCCUAAAAUCCUCGGAUCAGGUCUGAGUUUGUGGUUGUUAGGCCUCUUUGAUCAACUAAGUUUCAUGUCUGAUCUUGACGUUCAGAUUCCUAAUGCUUUUGAUCCCUUUGCUGAUGCAAAUGCUGAGGACUCAGGUGCCGGUUCAAAGGAGUACGUGCAUAUUCGUAUUCAGCAAAGGAAUGGUCGGAAAAGCCUGACAACUGUCCAGGGGUUGAAGAAAGAAUUCAGCUAUAACAAGAUACUUAAAGACCUCAAGAAGGAGUUUUGCUGCAAUGGCACGGUGGUCCAGGACCCUGAACUAGGACAGGUUAUUCAACUUCAAGGUGACCAGCGCAAGAAUGUAUCGACCUUCCUUGUUCAGGCUGGCAUUGUGAAGAAGGACAACAUCAAAAUCCAUGGUUUCUAAUCCUGCAGCUUCGUGAAAUUUUCUACCUAGUCGCGAUCCCUGUGUCGAGGCAAGAAAUAACAGCUAUCUCCUUAGAUUAUAUGUCCAUGCAGUUAUAUUGUUUCUAUGUCGGUUUGAUAACAACUUAUGCAUCGUGUGUUUCUUGUGCUUUUAAGUUUACUGGACUUCGUUGGAUGAU